GCAGCCUCGAGAUUCUUGAGCUUGCCACUGCGAGUGCUACAGAUGUCGACAAUCAGAAUAACCCGGCUUCAGCUGCUGAAGUGGCACCGAUGCCGCACCUGGACCUGGAGGCAAACCAGAAGCCCAAGUCACGCAGAGGGAGGCCACAUGGAUCUCGCUCUAUGCGUGCUGUUCUCGAGGCCAACCCGGACAUGCGUUGUGCAAAGCCUGCCGUUCCUAACGUGGCAGACCAGCAGCCAGAGCGUUUUACCCUUCCGUUGGCUGUGGUGCCUGGGCCUCGGCCUGCGACUGAGACAGGCAUUCAUGGGCCAACUGACCCAGCUGAUGCUGCAAAUGUGGCAGAUGAGCCAGAUGAGCAGGCAGAGUCUUUUUCCCUGCCCUUGGCUGUAGUGCGUAGGGCUAGGGCGGCCAGAGCUGCGACAGGUCUCAGCCUUGUGAAGAGUUCAGCGGCAGGUCAAACAUGCCCCACAGUCACAAGUCUACUGAGCCAAGCAGGUGCACCGUUGCUUCAGAAAGUGUUUGCACUUUUGGCUUCGGCUGAUGUUGUUGAGCAGCAAAGCACUGGUGGUCUUGCAGGGGCCGUUGCUCAAGCGAUGGAACAGGACAGCUUCACUAACAUGGUCAAGCUCGAGGAAGUGGACGACAACAGUGACAAUGACAAGGCAACUGUGCUCUUAGUCUUGCGGCAAUCGUUUCGUAAUCCAGUCUGCCAUCUCAAGAGUCUCUCGGCAUUAGCUGGUGACCUCAAUCUUGCACGGUCGACACUUUCUCGGAACAAACAGGCAGUGGCAUGUGGGAUCACCACGGCCAUCAGUGUUUCAUGGGGGUGCUGUUUGGCUCGUGUGGGAUAUGCGAUCGACAGCAAGGUCCUGAAAAAACAUUUGCUUGUCAAGAAGCGAGUCUAUGAUGAGACGCCGUUUCGGAUGCGCGUGAAAAAGCAGCAGCAGCAGCAGCAGCAGCAGCAGCAGCAGCGGCAGCAGCAGCAGCAGCAGCAGCCGAAAAGUGUUGUGGCCAAGACCCUUCAAACCCGCUUCUCACUUGGCAUGUUGCUGGAGCAUGUCCCGACAAAGUCGAUGAUCUUCCUACGUGGCCUGGUUAUCACCCCUCUCCAGGUGGUACAGAGAACAAGAGCUGAAGAUCUUUUUCGGGCACAGACAGCAGUGGAGAGAUUGGUCCCAGGUUUGGACAAUGCGGCCAAGGAUUUUGAGACAACUAUACAGUUGGUGACCACAGACCGCUAUUCAGCGAACAAUGUAUGUGAACAAGCCAUGACCUUCGCGAGUGAGGGGCAGGCUCGGAUGCACUUUUGGUGCGAUGUGCACCGCCUCAGCACUUGCAAGACAUGGCAGCUCGCCAUAGUCGAUUCUCAUGUCAGUGCCAUGAUCAGCUUGUCCUUGUUGAUGAGGGAAUGUGGCGCUUUGGAGCAGAUUCACGACUGCAUGAAGCGAGUUGUCGAAAACCGGCUGACUGUUGAGUAUGACACUCCUCCAGCUGGCCAGGUAAAGGAGCACCGAGAAGCAGUGUUGAACUUGCUGCUCGGUUCAAACCUCACCAAGAAGGAGGACUCCCUGACUGUUAAGAGAGCCCGCCAACGGGCCAUAUUGACUUUGCUCUGCAAUGGGGAUUGGGAGUCAGAGAACAUCGUCUAUUACAGUCCUCAGCCUGUGGAGAAGGCUGAGGUCCUCAGGCUUUAUGGAAGCAUGGUAAUACCGUCGUUGCUUCCUGCUGCAAUCAGCUUGUUCCCAAGGCAUCGCUGGCAUGGAGGAGAGGUAAGCAUCGAUGAGACAGCCCUCCUGUUUGCAGUUCACAACAUAGGAGGCCAAGCUUUGCAGCUGUUUCUCGGUGGUAGGUCCCCACCUUCAGCAGGACUCCAAGCCGAAGCCGGGCCCAGCGACGACGAUGGUGGCGGUGUUGGCGACAUUCCUCUGGAUUCCGAGCCUUCCACCACAGAGGACAAAGACCCUGGAGAGCUGCCUGUUGUAGACGGCCAUUUUCCAGAAGGUGUUGCAGCAGAUGCCAAGCAAGGCCAAGGCCAGGAUCCAGCCCCGCAAGAUGCAGCCGCACAGGCUGCAGCUGCAUCUGGGGAUGCCAUGCCGAACUGGAAAGAUUUGAAACUGUCGAUGAAGCGUUUGGUGCUGGCGUGGAUAAAAACCCAGCCUGGUGCAGUCUUGAUGCUGACACGUGCCACCAUGCAAGCGGGUGUCCAGCUGAUGAGGCCCCGAAGCUACCGCGUCCUGGAGGCCUGGCAGAAUGACGAUGUCAGGUCAGCGUUUACGGCUUUGCGAGAUUGCUUUCAUAGCCCACUCCCGGCUUUGCCAUUGACAGCUCGCACAAAUUCAAUGAAGGUCCUUGGAUUCCGUUUACUUGCACGUGUGGCUGGAGCCCUGCAUUUGCUGCUACGAGUUACUCGUGCUGGAUUCCCCCACAGGUUGAUCAGUUUAUUGCAGCCUGCGACAUCGCAAGAACGACUGGAUCUUGCCGAAAAGCUGUUAUCGUCUCCAGCUUGCCUUUGGGAUCAUGCAGCCAAGCAUAUUUUGGAGAAGUUUCCGACGCCUCAAAAGCUGACAAGUACAGUUGCCACUGCGACCUUGCAGGCCCUUGCAUUGAUGGCCGAGAAUGAUGUUGUGUCUAUAGAGACAAGGCAUGCUGCAGCAAGAAGACUUUUGAUGGCAAGGCAACAGACCUGGAGCACAGCCUUCCCCGACCUGGCUGCCGAACAUCUUUGCAGGCAGGCCAGGGCAGAAAUGCACGACGUUUUUGGGAAUGUGUCCGUCAAUUCAAAGCAGUCAACCUCUAGAAAGAAGCGGCAGUUGCCAAAGAAAAGACGACAUGCGAGAACGAACAAGCGUGGCCGCAAGCAUGACAGAGUGGAGAAGCGAGGCGGAGGUGCUCAGAGGGCUUUUUUCCAUGAGAGGCUUCAGCUGGCAACGAAGGAUGAUUGGAAAAGCAGGGGCCGUCUCUUCAGUAGACUGCAUGCCGAGUUCAAGAAUCUCACAGCUGCGCAGCUGCAACAUUACAAAGACUUGGGCGAGAUGGGCAAGCUGGCGGCCCGGCACGGUGGACGUCCGUUUGUGCCCCCAGCUAGAGAAAGCCGCGCUGCAAGUGAGCGGAGAAUGGUCCCAGCCAGCGAGUUCGAGCAACUGGCCCUGACAACAGUUCAAGCUGCUGAAAACAAGGCUGUGGCACAGCAAAGGUUGCAUCUUUCGAAAGCUCGGGCCGAUGCAGUUGAACUUCAGCAGUACCAGUGUGAGCAUGCUUUCCAAAGUCAUGGACUGGUGGAUACUUUGCCUAGUUCAUGUCGCCCAGUGCAGACAGAGCCUGGCAGUCUGCCUGCUGGGUACUUCCUUCCAGAUGCUGUGGGCCUUUCCGAGGCUUUGUGUGAUGUCAUGUGUGGCUUGUGA